GUAACACAGGUACAAAGUGGCCCCAAUCCCAGGGCUGCAGGGAGGCUCCCCAGGGGCUGCACCUGGCCUCUGGAGCCCGCCCUGUUCUGGGGCAUAUCUAGGCUUCCUGUUUCUCCCCUGUCGAGGGCAGCUGCUACCUCAGCUUCGAAAGAACAAACAGGCUCUGAAAAGAACAAACACGCUCUUGGAACGGAGGAAGUCAGUGCUCCACUGCACUGCGGAGGAAGCAGGAAGCUGCCGGCCUGCUCUGCAAGCCCAGAAGCCGGACGGAGCACACGAGAGUGCAGGAGGGGCAGGGACAGUGGGAUGGAGUCUGUGGCCCUGUAUAGCUUCCAGGCCACAGAGAGCGAUGAGCUGGCCUUCAACAAGGGAGACACGCUCAAGAUCCUGAACAUGGAGGAUGAUCAGAACUGGUACAAGGCCGAGCUCCACGGUGCUGAGGGCUUCAUCCCCAAGAACUACAUCCGUGUCAAACCCCACCCGUGGUACUCCGGCAGGAUUUCCCGGCAGCUGGCAGAAGAAAUCCUGAUGAAGCGGAACCACCUGGGGGCCUUUCUGAUCCGGGAGAGUGAGAGCUCCCCGGGGGAGUUCUCCAUCUCCGUGAACUACGGAGACCAGGUGCAGCAUUUCAAGGUGCUACGGGAGGCCUCAGGGAAGUACUUCCUGUGGGAGGAGAAGUUCAACUCCCUCAAUGAGCUGGUUGACUUCUACCGCACCACCACCAUCGCCAAGAAGCAGCAGAUCUUCCUGCGGGACGAGAAGGCCCUGCUUGAGUCCUCCCAGGCCUGCUUUGCCCAGGCCCAGUUUGACUUCGCGGCCCAGGACCCCUCGCAGAUCAGCUUCCGCCGUGGUGACAUCAUCGAGGUACUAGAGCGCCUGGACCCUCACUGGUGGCGGGGCCAGCUCUCUGGGCGCGUUGGCUUCUUCCCACGGAGCUACGUGCAGCCCAUACACCUGUGACAGCUGGGCUUCUGGGGCAGAGCUGGGACAUCCACUCAACAGGCCCAUUUCACAGGAGAAACUGAGGCCCAGAGGAGCCGUGAACAUUGCCACCUGCCUGGGCCACACAGGGCUCAGCAGGGGGCUGGGCUGGAUUGGGACUCCUGACUCCUGGCCACUUCACCACAAGCCCUAGCCCCCCAACACUACCCGCUUGAGGGACCUCCUGCCCGGCUCCCUCCCAGUGACCCCAGCUGUGUGACAUCACGGAAUGGGUAGGCAGAUCCCCCCCCCCAUCCUGUCAAUGCACCCCUCCACAGAGAGGGUUGAGGACUCUUAGUUUGGCACUAUUGUGGGCUUGACCCAAGGAACUCUGGGCUGGGGGGUGGGUUCACCAUAGACUGACCACCUGUGGGGCCUGCCUGACCCUUCCUCAAAAAGCCCCUUGAGUUGUAGGGGCUGAGGCCAACCAAGGGGGCUGCAGGCUAUAGAACUUGACUUGCAGGUGGGGACAGGCUACUCGGCAGCCCCUCAUCUCUGGGCUCCACCUGGGCACCCCAACCCUGCCCCCACCACAGACACUUGAGAGCAGCUGGAGUCCCUGAGGACAGGUGGGCAUGCUGCCCCCAACCCACACCAUUCUGCCCCUGACAGGUUAGAAGGGCUUCUAAGGGACAUGACCUACCCCCCACCCAGCCGUGUGGGGGACCUGGGCUGCAGAGGUUCUGGUUCAUUGGGGCUCAUGGGAAGCUCAGGUAGAAAAUACAGCUGGAUUGUGGGGGUCCCAAAGGAUCCAAAAAGGGACAAGUAUUCCAGGUGUGGGCACAGCUGGUGGAAAGAUGGGGGUCCCAAUGGCAUGUGCCACCAGUAGGGGAGUGGGAGCAGGGCCUGCCCUGAACCUGGGCACCUCCGGGAGCAGGGACAAUGCGGUGGGGCUUGUACAGGGCUUCCAGCACCAGGCUGCUAGGGAGGUAAUAGGGAGCCACAGAGGGCUCUUGAGCAAGGGAAGGAGCUAGGGAGGGUGGUGAGGGUCCUCUGGCAGCAGGAAGCAGGCGAGUUGGAGGGCAGAGCUGCUGCAGUUUCUUGAGUGGGGCCCUGUGUUGUAGGUACUCUGUCUCUCCCUUGGUCCUGCCCGGGCUGCAGCCCUAGAGCUGGCCCAAGACCAUUAGAGCCCUGAACUCUGCGAAAUGCUAUUGCUCUUGCCCUGGGCCCACGUGUCAAAAUAAAAGUAUCAGGAUGCUCAUUAGAAAACUCAUUUUCUUUCCAAUCAUGACUACCUUGGUGCUAUUUUGAAAGAUCAGUUCUUUUGCUACCCCUGCCAC